AGAGCGGGGGGGUGAAGGGGGGGAUUCACCACCGACGAGCAGGUGACAACGGUGACCAGCGCCGAUGGACUUCCUGGCUGGCUGCAUCGGCGGUGCUGCCGGAGUUUUAGUUGGCCACCCGUUCGACACAGUCAAGGUCAGGCUGCAGGUCCAGAACGUGAACAAGCCGCUAUACCGCGGCACCUUUCACUGCUUCCAAUCCAUUAUACGCCAGGAGUCGAUACUCGGCUUGUACAAAGGAAUCGGGUCCCCCAUGAUGGGCCUCACCUUCAUCAACGCCAUCGUGUUUGGGGUGCAGGGCAACGCCAUGCGCAUGCUGGGCCGGGACACUCCCACCAACCAGUUCCUGGCGGGGGCGGCGGCCGGCGCCAUCCAGUGCGUCAUCUGCUGCCCGAUGGAGCUGGCCAAGACGCGCAUGCAGAUGCAGGGCACGGGCGAGAAGAAGUCCACCCGGAAGAUGUACAAGAACUCUGUGGACUGCCUGGUGCGUAUCUACCGCCGCGAGGGCGUGUGGGGCAUCAACAGGGGCAUGGUGACCACCCUGAUCCGGGAGACGCCCGGUUUCGGCUUCUACUUCCUGGCGUACGACGUGCUGACGCGGCAGCUGGGCUGCGAGCCCGAAGACCGCUACAUGAUCCCCAAGCUGCUGUUCGCCGGGGGCAUGGCGGGCAUCGCCUCGUGGCUCUCCACCUACCCGGUGGACGUGAUCAAGUCCCGGCUGCAGGCGGACGGGUCGGGCGGCGUCCGCCAAUACAGCGGCAUCGCCGACUGCGUGCGGCAGAGCGUGCGCGACGAGGGCUACGUGGUUUUCACGCGGGGGCUGACCUCCACGCUGCUGCGCGCUUUCCCCGUCAACGCCGCCACCUUCGCCACCGUCACGCUGGUGCUCAUGUACGCGCGCGGGCCCGAGGGGGGCGCCGUCGACUGCGAGGCGGCCCCCCAGACCCAGACGUCCGGCCUGUGAGCGGGACGGCGCUUUAGUCAAGGUCAAAUGCCGUUGACCUGUUAAGGUUAGCGCGCAUUUUUGGCUCGUUCUGAAAUGUCAACCAGCAAAUAUCUUUCAAAUAACUUUUUGUGAGUCACUACUCGCAAAGUGUGGGGAGGGAGAAAGAUGAGAUACAUUUUUAACUUGUAAUAAUUAUUUUUCCUCUGUACUGGACAACUGCUUUCCUUCCUGUACGAAGGAAAUUUUAGGGCCACACUCAAAAACAGUAGAAAAAAAAUGUGAGAAUAAUCCCAUUUUUGAAAACAAGGUUGCAAUAUCAUAACUGGAAAAAAAAAAUAUUAUUUAAAAAUCCAAAUUUUGUUAGGAAAGUCUUUUUUCCCCCAAGUUUUACUGUAUUCAACAUAUUAUUAAAAGAGUAAAUUAUUAGAAAAAAAGUUGAUAGAAGUUGAUUUUUUUUUAUUCAAAAUAGUGGUAUUUAUUUCAAGUUUCAAAAAUAUAUAUUUAUUAAAACUAUACAUUUUGUUUGGAAAGUCUUUUUUCCCCACCUUUUACUGUAUUCAUCAUAAUAUUAAAAGAGUAAAUUAUUAGAAAAUAGUUGAUGGAAGUUGAAUUUUUUUUUU